UGUCCUGAUGAUGAUGGCCGUAACGCUCAGCUAACGAAACUCAGGUUUAAUAGACUCUACGGUUUCCAUUUUCAAUUCAUAAUAAUGUCUUCCUUCAAUCUCUCUUCCUCCUCCUCAAUGCUUGCCUCCUCUUCACAAGUGUAUGGUGGUUCGCGUUCUGUGAAUUUAUUGUCAGCAAAUGGAUGCACGUCGGAUUUGUUAUGGAGUCGAAAACUGUGCUUGAGUUUCAAAAAUGUUGGUAGAAUUACAGCUGCUUUGGUUUCUGGAGAAGGAGAGAUAUUAUCUUAUCCGACGAACAAUACACAAUCAUCUGGUGUUGAGGUACAACCUGAUGCUCUUGGUUUCGGGACUCUUGCGGCUGAAGAUGAUGAAUAUGACCUCGAUCGCCCCACUGAAGGGUUUGCUUCCAUUCCGGAGGCUAUUGAAGAUAUUCGUCAAGGCAAAUUUGUAAUUGUUGUAGAUGAUGAAGAUAGAGAAAAUGAGGGAGAUUUGAUAAUGGCAGCGUCAUUGGUUACCCCUGAAGCUAUGGCAUAUAUUGUCAAGCAUGGAACGGGGAUAGUGUGUGUGAGCAUGAAAGGUGAAGACUUGGAGAGGUUGGAGCUUCCACUGAUGGUGACACAGAAGGAGAAUGAGGAAAAGCUUCGCACUGCUUUCACAGUGUCAGUGGAUGCAAAGCAUGGUACAACAACCGGUGUUUCUGCUCGUGAUAGGGCAAAGACUGUGUUCGCUCUUGCAUCUAAAGAUUCAAAACCUGAAGACUUCAAUCGCCCAGGUCAUAUUUUUCCCCUGAAAUACAGAGAGGGAGGGGUUUUGAAAAGAGCUGGACACACAGAAGCUUCUGUUGAUCUUGCUGUCCUGGCUGGGCUAGAACCUGUUGCUGUUUUGUGUGAGAUUGUUGAUGAUGAUGGUUCUAUGGCUAGAUUGCCUAAGCUUCGCCAAUUUGCACAGGCAGAAAACUUGAAAAUCAUAUCCAUUGCUGAUUUAAUCAGAUAUAGAAGGAAAAGAGAUAGAUUGGUAGAGCUGGCUGCUGCUGCACCGAUACCUACAAUGUGGGGACCAUUCACUGCAUAUUGUUAUAGGUCAUUACUAGAUGGGAUUGAGCAUAUUGCGAUGGUUAAAGGUGAGAUUGGGGAUGGACAGGAUAUUCUUGUGAGGGUGCAUUCUGAAUGCCUCACUGGUGACAUUUUUGGAUCAGCCAGAUGUGACUGUGGAAACCAAUUGGCAUUGGCAAUGAAACAAAUUGAGGCAACUGGUCGGGGUGUAUUGAUCUAUCUCCGUGGACAUGAAGGUAGAGGAAUUGGUUUAGGCCACAAGCUACGUGCCUACAACUUACAAGAUGAUGGUCGUGACACAGUUGAAGCAAAUGAGGAACUGGGAUUACCUGUUGACUCUAGGGAGUAUGGUCUUGGAGCGCAGAUACUACGAGAUCUCGGUGUCCGGACAAUGAGGCUGAUGACAAACAAUCCUGCCAAAUAUGUCGGCCUCAAAGGCUAUGGUUUAGCAAUUGCUGGAAGGGUUCCACUGUUGACACCAAUAACUAAGGAGAAUAAGAGAUACUUGGAGGCCAAACACGCAAAAAUGGGACACCUAUACAGUUUGGAUUCCAACGGCCAUGUUAAUCGCAUCAAUGAUGAAAAUGGUAAUUCUGGCAUUGACAGCCCAUCUGAUGGUGUAUCAAAGGUAUAAGCAAUUCUCUCGCAACAACUUGUAUUUAAGUAGGAUAUUUUGGUGUUUCUGCCAUUGCACCAAGUUUGGUGGAGUACUUGAAUUUUGUUUACAGUGAGAAAGAAAAAUAUAUAUUAUUUUCCAUUGAUAACUUGGGUCAUAUACAUGUGUUCACUCGAGUUAAAUUGUGAAUAAUUCAUCAAAUGAGAUCUUUUUUCCUCUAUUGAGAAAAGAGAUAGUAUAUACCAGUUUCUUCCUCCAUUUGAGUGGCUGUGCCAAUGACUCUACCGUUUGAAAUUCUGAUUGCCAUUGUUUUAAGGACAAAUGGAUUUUGUGGGAAUUCUAAAAUUUAAAGGUAUAAACAGUUAUCACACACCGAGAAAUUUGCUUCUGUAUUUUUAUAUAUGUUGUAAUAGUUAAUCCUGGGUUGAGUUUUUGCUUUCAAGUAAAAAUGCACCGGGGUUUUAUAUUGUAUGGUUACACAGAAUUGACAA